ACAACACAACCUCACACCACAACCUCACACCACAACCUCAAAGCAUAUUAUCAAAACACAACAUCAAUACCUAACCAGUUAUCUACUUGUUCAUCUAGUCCAUUCAAGAAAACUAAAGCGCUACACAACCUAAAUCUCAAAAUGCAAUUCACCACGAUCGCCCUCGUCCUCGCUUGCGCCACCGGCCUGCUAGCUUCUCCUUUGAGAGAACGGAACUCCACCGAGAUCCUCACUUUCAACGAGUACGUCGAACUCUACCGUGAGCCAUCCUCAAACGGAGUGGAUUCCCUAGUCUAUUAUGGCCCGGCAAGUGGCACUAAGACGCUUCGCUCGGAAGCAAACCCGGUCGAAGAGCGCGCUUCUUGCUCAGCCACCACAGCGCCCACAUGCUUUACGUCGCAUUCGGCACGUAACGACAUCUGCGAUCAGCUCGUGACUGAGCUCUUCAACGACUCACAGAUUACGGUCGGUCAGUCGCCCCGCCAGAUCUGCUACGAGGGGGCCGCGGCCGAGUCCAACGAGUACUGCUGCGUCUCAUGGCAUAACGUGGUGCCUAGCCUUAUCAAGGGCGACUUGGCUAAUUAUGCCAAUACCAUCUUACAACAAUGCACCAGUAACGGCAUUUCGGGCAAGAUCUAUAACGUUCUGGUUCACCAGACUUGUACCAGCGUUUGCCUGUCAAACCGCGGCACUGGCUGCUAGAUGAGUAGGAGUUGAAACUCGUCGAAGAGGGAAGACGGCCUAAGAGGAGAGACGGUUCGAAUGGGAUAGGUCGCUGGUGGGUGCGCUGGUUCUUGGAGCAUUGGAGUUGCGCAUUGUAAAUUUGUCAUUUAUUUUGUUGGCUUGGUUUCUUAAAACGCAUGGGUCGUGUACAUUCAGCAGACUUAGAAGAGUAGAG